CGCUGGUCGUAGUGUCAUCAUCACCAUCCCAGAAGCUGUCCAGUCUGUGUGGUGGUACCCCGAGCUGCUGGAGGAUCAACGUGUGGCCAUUUGUCAGGAGAAAGGACACGCCGGCCGGGAGACACCAACUCUCCGCUGAACCGAGCCGCCACCGGAGAAAGCCGAACCUCUCAACACCGCGCCUCGGUUUUGAGUCCUGGUCUCUGUGCACCUGGGCUGGCUUGUUCUUCCCCUGUUCUUCUUCGCCGUGAGCAGACAUGCCUCCAGCGCCGGGUGGGCCUGUGGUGUACACCCCUCCUGAAGGUGGCUGGGGCUGGGCGGUGGUACUGGGGGCCUUUAUCUCCAUCGGCUUCUCCUACGCCUUCCCCAAGUCCAUCACUGUGUUUUUCAAAGAGAUAGAGGUCAUCUUCGAUGCCACGCCUAGUCAAGUGUCCUGGAUCUCCUCCAUCAUGCUGGCUGUCAUGUAUGCUGGAGGUCCAAUCAGCAGCAUCCUUGUGAACAAAUAUGGCAGUCGACCAAUCAUCUUAGUCGGAGGUUGUCUGGCUGGGUCGGGACUCGUCGGGGCUUCCUUCUGCCACACUGUGGAGCAGCUCUACUUCUUCAUAGGAGUAGUGGGAGGUUUGGGACUGGCAUUCAACUUGAAUCCAGCCCUCACCAUGAUUGGUAAAUAUUUCUACAAGCGGCGUCCCAUCGCCAACGGCAUCGCUAUGGCGGGCAGCCCCGUGUUUCUGUCUACCCUGGCUCCUCUCAACUCCUGGCUGUACGAUGAGUUUGGGUGGAGAGGCAGCUUCCUCAUCCUGGGAGGACUUCUGCUCAACUGCUGCGUGGCCGGCGCCCUGAUGCGCCCCCUUAAACCCAAUGCGCAACUGUCCAAACCCGACACAGAGGCAGACGAGGUGAAGGCGGUGGAAGCAGUACAGCCGCAGCCAAAGAAGACGGUCCUGCAGACCAUCAACUCCUUCAUCGACCUGACGCUGUUCAAACACCGCGGCUUCCUGCUCUACCUGUUUGGCAACGUCAUCAUGUUCUUUGGCCUCUUUGCUCCACUCGUCUUCCUCUCUAACUAUGCCAAGAGUAAGGACAUCAGCAAAGAAAAAGCGGCCUUCCUGCUGUCGGUGUUGGCAUUUGUUGAUAUGUUCGCCCGGCCCUCCAUGGGCAUGCUGGCUAACACCAAGUGGGUCCGGCCCAGGGUGCAGUACUUCUUUGCUGCUGCCGUCCUCUACAACGGAGUGUGUCACGUGCUGGCGCCGCUGUCAGUGGACUACACGGGAUUUGUCAUCUACGCUAUCUUCUUUGGUUUUGCUUUUGGCUGGCUGAGUUCGGUGUUGUUUGAGACACUGAUGGACCUGGUGGGAGCUCAGAGGUUCUCCUCAGCUGUGGGUCUGGUCACCAUCGUGGAGUGUGGGCCGGUGCUGUUGGGCCCACCGCUAACAGGUAGUUUCUAUAACUACUACCAGCACUAUGACUACACCUACAUUUCCUCUGGCAUCAUCCUCAUAAUCGCAAGUAUUGUCCUCUUCGUGGGAAUGGGCAUCAACUACCACCUGGUGGCGCAAGAGAAGAAAAAUGAGGAGAGAAAAGAGAGGGAGGAACCCAAGGAGGAGCGAACCGCCAUGUUGGCUCCUCCCUCUCCUUCAAAAUCUGACGAAGAGGCGGAGGUGAACACCACACCAACUGCUCUCAUGCUGGAUGAAGUUGCCAAGAUGGACGAGGACACGGUGUAGAAAACAGAACAAAAACAGACUCAAGAAGGACGCACACACUUCACAAAAACACACACGAGAGAUGCAACAACCACACGUCAUCUUAAUAGCGAGAUGAGAUCCGUGUACACAACCCUGAAGCCAUAGAAACUUACUUUUAUCUUCAAUAAAAACUGAGACUUGCUUUUCGCCGCGUUGAUACCUCUGGUUUUUGGUUUUUGGCGUGCCUUUCGUGAACACAAGUCCUCCAGGAGAACACCAUUUGUAUAUUAUAUAAACACCAGAUAGACACACAACAGACAGAAUGACUGUAAGAUGAAAAUCCAGUAAACUAACGAGGACUUUACUCUCAGGGCCGUAAAGGUUCAGAACCUCACACAGAAACGCACGACCUCGACUCCAGCCGAGGCUCAAACAGUACAUUUGUUACAGUACUUAAAAAAAUACUGGACAUUUACCCUCACAUCCAACAUACUUACAUUGCUUCACUUCUCAAGGGCUGGACAGGAAUUAAAAGGACCCAUUCAUAUUUAUGUAGAUACAGUAAAUCUAUCUGUUCACACCUUAGAUCAAAGUGCGAAAUUCCCAGUUUUUAUUUUGAUUUAUGCUAAAAAUUGAAGAACAAUUUAUGAGGAAGUUCAUCAACAGAGGGAGUUGUAACAUGUAACCCCUAGUUGUGGACAUUAGGCACAAAAAUUGCUUGAAAAUGCAAAAAAAUAGGAAAGUAAGGAAGUUAAAAACUAAUGUAGGAAUCUGUGGUAAGUCUCGAGGGUCACAUUGCUCGCAGCGUAAGACGCACUGUGAACCGUUUGCUUGUACAUAAAUAUUUGUGCACCUUGUGUGUGUAAUUUUGUGUUUUACACCCUCCAACCAGAGCAGCUCAUGCAUAGUUGUGCUGAUAAAGACACAUUGGAAGAAAAAUGCUCACACGGUCACGCCCCACAGAUUUACCUGCUGUGUAACCAGCAGUCACAAUAUUACAUUACACCCCACGCUGUUCUUCUUUUUUUGGAGGGGACGGGUAAAAGGCUGUUAUUGAACCAGAUAGAUGGGUUGACUCGGUGUGUAUGUGGUGCUUUGAACUGCCAAAUUCUCUGAACUGCUAAAUUGCACGCAAUCCUAGGUUUUCAUAAUUUUGGGUCAUAGGAGUUGCGUAUCUGAUAGCGUUUUUAAAAAAACUUUAUAGCGAAUAACACAUUGUAGUUUACAAUUAUAUUAAAAAAAACUUUAAAAAAUCUAUUUUAGCUUACUGUUUAAUGACAAUCUGACAACAAGUGUUGGAUUUUGAUGUCUUUGAAUGGACAGGUCUCACAGUUUGUCUCUGAACUGUACAGAAUGUGUCAUAUCAGAUUUUUUGUUUGAGUUUGAGUUCAGACUAAAGGGAACAGAAGACGUGAGACCUCUUCAGUCUGAAUAAACGUAUUUUCAUUUUUGGUAGAACAAAUGCACGUUUUGAAUAAUUCACUAUUUGGUACAAAGGUUUUGGUGGAAAAUGUCUAAUUGGAUAGUUUGGAUGUUCUGAAGUGAGGCUGGAUGAGGUACUCAGUCAGUGUGUUACACCCACAGUGGAUUGCGAUCGGCAUGCCAGCAAGACUGGAGUAUCAGCAAGUAAUAUGCUUAAGUGUAUGCUAUAUUUAGAAUAUUUUCACCACUUAACCACGCUUCCCGACGGGAAACUGAAGCUGUUGAGUCUAUUCGCUCUUCAAAGCCAACAGACUACUGGUCUCCCGCUGCCUUGAUCUGGAAGUUCGUUUAUGUUAUUGUGUGACUUUGGUGUUGAAGGUUUGGGUUCACAAAUGCCACACAAUAACACAAACAAACUAAUAUAUAUCUUUAUCUUGUGUAACGCCUUCAGUUCCCCACCAGAAAGGGCUGUCUGAUGUGAAGGUAUAGACAAUAUAUAGAUAUAGCAUACACUUAAACUGAUAUUGAUUUAGUCUAAAAUAAGUUUUGUUGGUGACCACUGUAGUAAUACACUGACUAUGGCUCACACAACCCCACUUACACACACUUAGCAUUUUGUUUACAACUUAAUAAUAAUAUUUUUUAAGGAUGUUUACAACUGUUUUAUAACUUUUAAUUUAAAGAUUUAGAUGAUAUCAUUUCAAUGUCUGCUAAUGUACUCACUAAUGUGUAUUCAUUUGCAGAAGAAAAUAGUCUCAAACAAAUGCACCAUAUUACUUAAAACUGCCGUUUGGGGAAAUAACUGAGCCCUUUUUUAAACAAAUGAAGGCGUGUAUUUUUUACUGGUUUUAAAGGAUUUACAGAACCACACACAGGGAAAGGAAACUAUAAAGUAUUGAAAGAUGGACACAUUUUUGGGUUUGGUCUCUACCUUGAAUUUGUUGACAAUAACAUUAAAUAUAGAUUAUGACCAACUUUAUCCUUCCUAAUCUGAAGAGAAUUGUAAUUGUUCAAAUGAAAGAUACAACUGUUAUGUAUCUGUAAUGGAACACUACUUUAUUUUUUUUAUUACCUUUUACAUUGAAGUGGGAAUACAAAUAUGUUAAAAAGGGUGAAAGACUGCAACUAAAUCAUUUCAUUAAAAUAUGUGAAAGCUAUAGUGUUUUCCACAGGUUUUUUUCAACGGUAUUGUAGAACCACAUGUUUGUGAAAAAUAAUCAUGACAAGGUUUUGUAAAUGUUUUUUUUUUCUUCUCUUUUUUUCUCUUGGCAGUUGUUUUUAUGUGUAUGAAUGAAUUGUUUUUGUGACUGUUUAAUGAAUGAAUAAACAUUUUUUUAAACAUUUUUAUUAUUUUAUUUUCUGUUAGAAAGAUUUGAAGAAAAUGUAUUUAAUUUUGUUUACAAAAAUCACCAAAACACUUGCUUUUACAAUAAUUACACUCUAUGAAAUGCAUUGCCCCAGUUUGUAUCUAAACUACCUGUUGUACAGGAAUAGUUUGACACAAAAUAAAAUAUGAUUAGCCGUA